CCAAAUUCGGUAGAUGGAGCGGUACUGUUACCGAAAACCCACCUCAUUUGGGUGCAAAGCAAGUGAAACCGUGAGAGGCACAAGCACACACAUCGGCGAUCGAAAUGGAAUCGUCGACGGCUUCGAGAGCGACGGUAACUCAGCAAGAGCAAUGGAUGGUUGAGAGUAAGGUUUUUGAGAACUACAACCUCUUCUCGAGCCUUCCUCCCAAUGCCCAGAUCGUCAUGCUGGAAGUUAAACGCGAUGAGCACAUCGAGUACCUCACUAAAGGACUCAGACAACUCGGUCCCUUCUUCGUCGUCUUGGAUGCCAAUCGACCUUGGAUUUGCUAUUGGAUUCUUCAUUCAAUUGCUCUAUUGGGUGAGUCUGUUGAUGAUGAAUUGGAAGAAAAUGCUAUUGAAUUUCUAAGUCGUUGUCAGCAUCCAGAUGGUGGCUAUGGCGGUGGGCCUGGGCAGUUGCCUCAUCUUGCAACAACUUAUGCUGCUGUCAAUUCACUUAUAACUUUGGGUGGUCAGAGAUCUUUGUCAUCGAUUAAUAGGUGGCCAGUUUAUACUACAUGGAACAAUUUACUAUUUUGUAAUGGCACAUAUUUGAGCCUUUGGCUGAUUUACCAUGGAUUAUUUUUUGUUGUAUUUUGCAGAGAGAAAUUAUAUUCGUUUCUGCUGCGAAUGAAACAUGCAAGUGGGGGCUUCAGGAUGCAUGAUGGCGGGGAAGUAGAUGUCCGUGCUUGCUACACUGCCAUUUCUGUUGCAAGUAUUUUGAACAUUUUAAAUUAUGAGCUGGUUCAAAAUGUUGGAAAUUACAUCUUAAGCUGUCAGACCUAUGAAGGAGGCAUUGCUGGUGAACCGGGUUCUGAAGCUCAUGGUGGGUACACUUUUUGUGGUUUGGCCACAAUGAUUCUGAUCAACGAGGUUAAUCGUCUGGACUUGUCUAGUUUAAUAGAUUGGGUGGUAUUUAGACAAGGAGUGGAGGGUGGAUUUCAGGGGCGAACAAAUAAAUUGGUUGAUGGUUGCUACUCCUUUUGGCAGGGAGGAGUGUCUGCAUUGUUACAAAGAUUACAUUCGAUUGUUGAUGAACAAUCGGUGCUGUCGGAUGCUGGAGAAGAAGACUGCAGCACUGAAACAGAAACUUCUGCGUCAUCUGAUUUGUGCCAUGGAGAACAGGGUUUGGAAGGGAACUUGUCUCCUGUUGACGAGACUUGCCAUUUUAGGGAGGAAGGGAAACAUCAUGCUGGCGAUCCUGUAAACUUCUUCAAUAUUGGUUUAAAUUUUAUCAGAGAGCAUGCUGAAUUAGAACCUCUUUUUCACAGCAUGGCCUUGCAGCAAUAUGUUAUUUUGUGCUCUCAGGUGGAGGGAGGGUUCAGAGACAAACCUGGGAAACAUAAAGACUACUAUCACACGUGCUAUUGUCUAAGCGGCCUAUCAGUGUGUCAGUAUAGCUGGUCAAAGAAGGCUGGUUCCCAACCUUUGCCCAGGGCAAUUUUGGGUCCUUAUUCGAAUCUCUUGCAGCCAAUCCACCCGCUCUUCAAUGUUGUCUUGGAGCAGUUUUAUGAAGCACAUGAAUUCUUCUCAAGGACCUAAUUUUCUUCUUUGCAUUGGUGGCGGCUUGGUUAUAGUGGUAGUAGAAACCCGGAGUUUACUCUGAACCCGCGUAAUUGCUAGUACAUUCCGCAAUAUUUGCUUGACAAACUGGGGCAGCACUAGUAGAAGACAACUUUUUCAGAUUUGCAAGGUUUAACAGAUACUAUGAAGGAUAACCUUACUAUGUAAAUUUGGAUGUGUAACUAUAUGUAUGUGUUAAUAUAGUCUCUGGCAAUUGGUAAUUUUUGUUGGAGCCAGAACAAGGUUUUGAGGGCUUGAGAUCAUAGAAUAUGAUGUUGCUGAUCUAACCAAUUAAUUUUGCUCUCGUUUUAUAUCAUGUUGCUGAUCUAACCAAUUAAUUUUGCUCUCUUUUUAUAUCA